CAGUACGGGGACUCGUGCCUGAGCGAAGCUGCUCGCGAGGGUCACGUGACGGUUGUGCGUGUCCUCGUUGACGGCGGAGCAGACCUGCAUGCGAGGAGCUACUACGGCAACACCUGUCUGAUGUGGGCAGCACGCAAUGGGCACUUGAGAGUCGUUGAGUUCCUGGUGGCUGCGAAGGCGGACGUAGAAGCGAAGAAUGAUAACGGCAAGACAGCGCUUGCUUUCGCUAUCAAAGGCAAGCACUCUAAGGUGGUCGAGUACUUGAAGGGUCAGGGAGUCAGCGAAGGAUGUGCCUGCUGCAUUCUAUGA